UACCCCUAUAACCUAGUAAUCGACAUCAUCGUUAUGCUAUAGGUAUGGAAAAAUAUCUCUGACACCCUUCUAAUUUUUUAUUAAUAAAAUACAUAUUCAACAGAGGAAAAAUGGCGAUAGAAAAAGGCGACUCAAGAUCUAGGUUUUUAGAUGGCGGUGCUCGAUUGGAUUUGGGGAUUCUGCAAGGUUUUUUCAGGGGUUAACAAGGAUCUUCAUCAGGAUCAUGUCUCUCUUACAUUGCGCGAGGAAAGGAAGCGUUCAGGGGACGGGGAAGAGGAUGGAAAACGAAUCAAGUAGACAGAGUACGAGCUGGAAAAGGAUUCGGCGAUUUGCGAUUCAAUUGCAGAUAAGGGCCUCUCUUAGGGAUUCUAUGGAAAUUGAAGGAAAGAUCGGAUCUUUGCGAUUCACGAUGAACGGGAAUACAGAGGAUCUAAAGGCGAUAAUGGGUUUCAGAGCGGAAAUGGAAUGUUGGAGGCAAUCAUCAUUUGAGCAAGAGGAACCUGGUGUAUUAAGUUACGAUCAAUGGGUGUCCUUAUACCCCUCGAACAAAUCAUCACUGGAAAAGGAAGCUAAGGAUAACACGGUCUUUACGGUCUGGUGGGUUAAAAGUAUUGAAGUUGUACAAGCACAAAGUGUAGGCUUGAGUGACCAGCUUGCUCUGUUUACUCGUACCGGUGAGGCAAUAUUGAUUUGCUUCACCAUUUGGUUUGCUUCAUUUCAUUUUGUUUCAUGUUAUUGUUGUUGGUGCUAUUUUUUUAUAAGAUUAAGAGGUGGAAUAAAAAUGUUUUUGUUGGUAUUUGAUACUGGUAAUCAUGCAUUCUGUUGAGAAAUGUGUUUAUAUGGAUUCUCUUUGGUAUUAGCGAAGCUGUUAAAAUGUGUU